GGCUCCGCGCCGUCCCGCACCGUCCCGCCGGCGCUGUCCCGCCCGCCACGCUCCGCACCGCGCCGCCGGCACCGGGACACAGGCUCCCUGCCCCUCUCCAGCCCCAUGGCCUGCAAAGAGAGCGAGUACCAGGAUGAGCAUGAGAAAUGCAUCCCCUGCAGAAACUGCAUGCCCGGGCAGGAGCUUUCCAAGGAUUGUGGUGAUGGCAGCGGGGGGGAUGCACAGUGUGUUCCCUGCCCUCCCAGGAAGUUUAAGGACAGCUGGGGGCACCAUGGCUGCAAGCCCUGCCUCUCCUGCUCCCUCAUCAACCGCCUCCAGAAGUCCAACUGCACGGCGACAGCCAACGCGGUGUGUGGGGAGUGUCUGCCGGGGUUUUACCGCAAGGCACGGAUCAGCGGGCAGCUGGACUGGGAGUGCAUCCCCUGCACCAAGCAGACCCCCGCCUCUGAGCCUCAGUGUCGGUCCAGAACAAACCUGGUGAAGGUCGCCAUCCCCACCGUACCGCCACAGGACACGGCCCUUCUUGCACUGACCAGCAGUGCCCUUGUCAUCAUUGUGCUGGUGCUUCUGGCCCUCUCCAUCAUCUACUGCAAGCGGUUUUGGAAGAGCCAGUGCCAGCGGGUCUUCCUGAGGACUCGCAACUUCUCGGGCCAGCAAGGGAUGUUCCCGACCACAGCAGCACCUGGCAGAUUCCUGUGUGAGGAGCAGAUGUCUGGUCCCUGCUGCCUGGGUGUGAAGAACCUGAGCCCCUGCUACCAGCAGGCAGAAGGCCCCGUGGAAGCGGUGCAGUUCAUUUCAGAUGGGGAAGCCGUGGGGCUCCAGCUCCCCUCUCUCCAGACAGAGGUGGACUUGCCACCAGCCGUGGCAGUUGGUGCUGCCUCCAAAGCCCCGCUGGGCAGAAGCCUCCUGGAAAACCAACCCCUCAUCCGGGCCUCGGGCCACAGCGACCGCCUGGGGGGCGUCCUGCAGGGCCAGCCGGGCACGGCGGAGGCCGUGGCCCCCGUCUCCUCCUGUGCCUCCGAGAUGCAGCACAAGUGGCCCCACGCCCCGGUGGAGUGCACCGAGCUGGACCUCCAGAAGUUCUCCAGCCAGGCUGAGUUUGUGGGCGGCGAGCGGACGGAGGACGUGGCGAGCCGGGGGGUGCAGAGGAUGCCAGCGGAGAGCGGUGGCACGGGCCGGGCUGGGGUCUGGCGCCCGCCCACCGCCUGCCCCAGCCCCAUGACCGAGAGCGGGGAGCAGCCUGCAGGUGAUUCCCAGAGCCUCAUAGCUCAGAUCAGCAGCACAGCUAAGGGUCUCCCGGUAGCAGAGCUGCCCCAUUCCUUGGUGCAGUCACUUGCCUUCCUGCUGGACCCUUCCUUGAAUGAUGUGAAGAACUUCAGCCACGUGGCACUGGAGCUGGGAGUCAUGCCCCAGUUCCUGGGACGGAUAUCUGGAUUUGAGCAGCUCAUCGCUCACUUGGCCUGCUCGGGAGCCGCCGUCACCGUCCCGCUCCUGGCCCGAGCCCUGCAGCGGCUCCAGCGCUUCGAUGCUCUGCUCCUGCUCUGUGACCACUUCAUGCUCAGCCAGGCGCGGGGCCACCAGCGCUAGAUGGGAUGGAGGAAGCUGCAGGCACCGUGUGUACUGGUAUGGGAGAGGAGCUGGUAGCCCUGUGGUCACAUAAUCUCUCUGAUGUGCACGUGGAGAGGCUCUGGGGAUGGUCUUUGCAUCACAGAACAGAAGGACAUGAGGGGGAGCACCCCUCCUUGGGGCAGUGCCGGGGCCGCAGCCGUGGCCUCAUGCUGGAGGGUUCUCUCAGGCUCCUCUGAGGCUGUUUUUCUCUGGUGUGGGGACACCCUUGCCUGGCUGCAGAGGGCUGACAGCCAUUGUGCUGCCCGUGCCGUGGUGCUCUUGGCCUUGCUUGACCAGGGGGCUUGGACUCUGUGGGCAGCCACCUCCCUCUAUCCAUUGCCUCCCUCCCAUUCCAGCUUUCCCAUCCUUCCUCUGGCCUGUGCUCUGCUUUCCUGGGUGCUGGUUGCCCCUUUCCCGGUUUACUUUUAUCCAGAGACGGUCCUUGGCACAGGGCCUGGCCGUGGCUGCUGUGCCAGGCUCCAGCCUCGUCUCCCUGUGCUGCCCUGGUGCCUUCCCCUUUGUGUCCUUUUUGUGAAGCGGUGCAGUUUUCAUUCAGGAGUCUCAGACUGAUCCCCGGGACAUGCUGCCCUCCGUCCGUGUGACAGUGCAGUGCCGUGGCUGCUGGCCUGGCAGGGCGCUGGCCCCCUGCCCAGGCUCCUGCCGCGCUGCCUCUGAGCCCAGGGCUCUGCCUGCCACCCUGCCCUGCGCUGCCUGCCACCCUGCCCUGCUCUGCCUGCCACCCUGCCCUGCGCUGCCUGCCACCCUGCCCUGCUCUGCCUGCCACCCUGCCCUGCUCUGCCUGCCACCCUGCCCUGCGCUGCCUGCCACCCUGCCGUGUGCUGCCUGCCACCCUGCCGUGUGCUGCCUGCCACCCUGCCCUGCUCUGCCUGCCACCCUGCCCUGCUCUGCCUGCCACCCUGCCGUGUGCUGCCUGCCACCCUGCCGUGUGCUGCCUGCCACCCUGCCCUGCGCUGCCUGCCACCCUGCCCUGUGCUGCCUGCCACCCUGCCGUGUGCUGCCUGCCACCCAGCCCUGCGCUGCCUGCCACCCAGCCCUGCGCUGCCUGCCACCCAGCCCUGCGCUGCCUGCCACCCUGCCGUGUGCUGCCUGCCACCCUGCCGUGUGCUGCCUGCCACCCUGCCGUGCCGCAGCCCAGGGUGGCAGACGCAGCCUCCGGCCGUGCCCUGGACAGCAGCCAGCACCGGGUGGCAGCAGGAGGCUGAAGCUGUGACCGUGGCUGUGGCACAGCGGUGCCAUCCCGGUGCCAGUCUCGGCAGAGCUGGCUUGUUUUAAAAUCUUUUCGUUUCCUGCCUUAAAAUGGCCUGAUUUUCCCAUCACGGGAGCAGCAGCGGGGGCGGGGAGCACCCUUGUAAUUCCUUCCCGGAGGAUUUGUCGGAGCUUGCACCGGUCCCGCCCGCGCCAGGCACCUCCGUCGGGCUGCCGAGCCCCGGGGCUGGUGGCUGCAGGCGUCGGGGCCGCUCU